GCAGAGACCCUACGCAUGAAAACGACUGAGACUAGUUGUAUACAAUAACAAUUGCUUGCAGACAAACUGGGGUUUGAUAUUCUUUUACUUUUAGGGAAAAGGCAAAGUCAUAGUCCAAAAACAAUUCUAGGUCAUACACAUAUAAAGCCAGUCUUCUUAUCAAAUAUAGACUUGUAAAACAAACAAGGUCUUCUUUCAGUUCAGUUCAGUUCAAUUCACAACAGUCAGUAUCUUGAGGAAUCAGUAACUAGCCCUGAUCAAGCAACGAUCAUAAAGCUCAAAUAUACAGUUGCAGCAUGUCAUCAGGUUACAAUGCUGUAGCGUCCCUGUAGAUUCCCCACAAGCCAUAAUUUAGGAGUCCUUUUAUACAUUGGCUACAGAGCUCAACCAAUCAGGAUGAUUGCAUGAUGCAGCACAGCCUUAAAGCAACAUCAUGCCUUUCUAUAAACAUACAUAGUUAGUUUAUAUAUUGCCUGGCCAACUAGUUAGGCAAAGAAUAAUUUUCUGACAUACCCCACUUUGGACAGGUCAAUAUAUAAUGACUUAUCAUCUCAGCCCAUAACUCUCACAACAUGUUUUAUGUUUGAUCGCACCCUGUGGUUUUGUUAAAUUAUCGGCGAUAUUAUUUUCUGACAACCACUUUGGCAAGAAAAGUUGUUCAAUGAAGAAAAAAAAUCCAUUGAACAACAGUCUGACUUAGCAGCAGAAAUUCAGGGCUCAAUUGUGGUCAUAAAUUGAGGAUUUCUUGUACAUCCAAUUCUGGUUGUAGAAGAGCUGAGGUUGGAGAUGUUGAAACUUUAGCACGGAGCUCCUUCUACGUACUUCUGGAAGCCUUCCUUCCCUACGUGGUGUUUUCUCAAACUGACCGAUCCACAUCCACGCCUGGAGGGUGAGGAGUGAUCUUUCUCGUUCCUUCACCAUGUCCUCAUCCUCCACCAGAUUUUCCUGUUUCUUCAAGGAGGAUAAGUUGUGUCUGUUGUGUUUGAGAAGAACGACUUAUGUGGGUGUGGGAUCCAAGAAGCAACAUGGCCAAAAGGCUCUCGGAAGACGACAUUAGGGAACUCAAAGAUGCCUUCGCGCUCUUCGACCAAGAUGGUGAUGGGCUGAUCACCUCCAAGGAAGUGGUGACCGUAAUGAGAUCCCUCGGGAAAAAUCCCACGGAAUCUGAGGUACGAAGCAUCAUCGGUGAGAUAGAGGCCCACAAGAGCAAAGUAGAUUUCCCAAAGUUCCUCUCCAUGAUGGCCAGGCGGACAAGGAAUUCCGACACUGAGGAGGAGAUCCGAGCGGCUUUCCGUGUGUUUGACCAUAAUGGAGAUGGUUACGUCAACACGGCAGAACUGCGACACGUCUUGACCGUCGUCGGGGAGAAGCUGACGGCCGAAGAGGUGAAGUUGUUGUUCAAGGAGAUGGACAAAAAUGGGGACGGGAAGGUCAACUAUGAAGAAUUUGCACGAGUAAUGGUGGAGAAGUAAUGCCAAGUGCUCACAGGUAGUUCUAGACUUACAGCCAUUCUUUUAGUGACCAAAGUUACAACAGGGCCAAAAAAAAGUGACUUAUGACCUUUUUCACACUUACGACCGUUGCAGAAACACACACCCCCCACGGUCACGUGAUCAAAAUCAGAUGCUUGGCAGCUGACUCGUAUUUAUGACGGUUGCGGUGUUCCUGGGGUCACACGAUCCCCCCUUUUGCGACCUUCUGACCAGCAAAGUCAACGGGGGAAAGCCAGAUUCGCUUAAUGACUGUGUGUGAUUCAC